AAAUCUGAUAGCUUCGAAAAUACAAUGGUACCUACCUAGUGCUACCUGCCUAUCUUUUGAAGAUUUAGAUUCAACAUUAUUCACAAUUCACAGUUUUAAUUUAUAAUAUUAUGCAAAUAGUAUAGUUACCUGUUGAAAAACAAAUACAUAAAACAAAAAUGGGUAAACGACAGCAUCAGAAGGAUAAAAUGUACAUAACGUACACAGAGUGGACUACUCUUUAUGGUGGAAAACGGUCAGGGACUUCUCAGGAGGAAGACACAACUUUUAAAAGACUUCCUUUCGACCACUGCUGCUUGUGUUUACAGCCUUUUGAUGAGCCUUACUGCGAUGUCGAUGGGAAUAUAUUUGAAUUACAGGCCAUAAUUGACUUUUUAAAAAAAUUUAAAGUUAAUCCUGUUACAGGAAAGAAAUUUGAUAUCAAGAACCUUACGAAAUUGAAUUUCUUUAAAAACGCUGAAGAUGACUACCACUGUCCAGUUCUGUUCAAACCUUUUACUAAGAACUCUCACAUUGUUGCAAUACGUACAACUGGUAAUGUCUACUCCCAUGAGGCUGUGGAACAACUCAAUAUAAAGGGGAAGAACUGGAAGGACCUUGUUAAUGACACUCCAUUUGCGAGAAGUGAUAUCAUAACAAUUCAAGACCCGAAUAAUUUGAAUAAAUUUAACAUUUCCACUUUUCACCAUGUGAAGAAUAAUUUGAGGGUUGAAACUGAAGAAGAAAUAGCUUUGAAAAAGGACCCCCAUGCAAGGCUGAAGACAGUAUCUGCUGAGACCAAAGACAUCUUACAAGAAUUGGAGAAGGAAUACAAGGCGCCAGAGAAGAAAGAAAACAAGAAAGAGGUAGCGGAUAAGUUCAAUGCUGCACAUUACUCGACCGGCAUGGUGGCCGCGAGCUUCACGUCCACGGCGAUGGAGCCCGAGACGGUACACGAGGCCGCCAUCAUCUGCGAAGACGAGGUCAAGUACGACAGAGUUAAGAAAAAAGGCUAUGUCAGGCUAAUAACAAACAUGGGGCCGCUAAACUUCGAGCUUUACUGUGACGUCACGCCAAAAGCCUGCGACAACUUUAUCAAGCUUUGCAACAACGGGUACUACAAUGGCACAAAGUUCCACAGGUCCAUAAGGAAUUUUAUGAUUCAAGGUGGAGACCCAACAGAUUCAGGUCUAGGGGGCGAGUCGAUAUGGAAGAAACCGUUUGAGGACGAGGUCAGACCGAACCUACACCACACGGGCCGAGGGGUCCUGUCUAUGGCCAACUCUGGGCCCAACACUAAUGGAUCUCAGUUCUUCAUAACAUUCCGGUCCUGUAGACAGCUAGACGGCAAGCACACAAUAUUCGGCAAGCUGGUCGGUGGGCUUGACACCCUGAAUGCUAUGGAACAGAUCGAGGUGGACAACAAGGAUAGACCCAUCCAUGAUAUUGUGAUUGACGUGGCACAGGUGUUCGUUGAUCCCUUCUCAGAGGCUGAGGAACAGCUUGCAGUAGAAAGAGCAGCAGAAUUAAAAAGGAAGGCUGAAGAGGAAGGUCCUGGUGUAAAGCCUAAAAAGGCAUCGAAACAACCUCUCAAAGUUUUCAGAGACGGAGUUGGUAAAUACCUUAAUUUACAAGGGACAGCCACUGAAAGUAAAACUGCAAAAACACAAGAAGUCCCAGCAAAAAAACCUAAAAAAGAUGCUAAAUAUAAUUUUGGAGGAUUUGACUCCUGGUGAUUGUGGUUGAAAUAAUUGUAAAUAAAUCAAUAUCUAUGUUAAGUCUUUAA